AUGAAUAUUUUAAAACUAUUUUUUUUAGUAAUUUUAUCAUUAUCUAUCAAUGGUCAAAAAAAUUUAAAUCUUGGUUUUAUUUUUGUAAAAACUGAUUCUGAAAAUGGUGAUAUUCUUGGAUUUACAUUAGCUGUUGGAAUAAUACCAGUUGUCAUUGAUCGUAUAACAAGUGAAAAAUUAUUACCACAAUAUAAUUUUACUUUUAAUUAUUAUUUUGAUGAUUGUAUAGAAAAAAAUUCUAGUGGAUUAACAUAUCAAUUAAUUGUCAAUGAUAAAGUUGAUGUAAUAUUUGGUCCAUCAUGUAGUAUUAAUGCAAUUCGUGCCUCAAUGAUAGCUAAAUUUUAUAAUAAACCAAUAUUUAUUUGGGGUUUAGUUUCUUCAACUCAAUUUACAAAUGUUAAAAGAUUUCCUAAUGUUUAUUCUGUUGCUCCUGUAUUUUAUUCACUUGCAUUAACUGUUUUAGAUAUUUUAAAAACAUUUAACUGGCAUAAAUAUGUAUUUUUUUCAUGUUCUAGACUUAAUAAUCGAUGUAAUAUGAUGUUUGAUGAUUUUGUUAAUGCUGCUAAUAUUUUUGAUUUUAAAGCAGUAAUGGUUUAUUCUUAUAAAGCUAGUACACCACCAUUAGAUAUAGAAUAUGAUGCAUUUAUUAAUGAAACAAUAAUAAGAGCAAGAAUAAUUAUAACUUGUUUUGAUCGUAAUGAUUGGAAAAGAAGUUUUUUAUUAAAAAUGUAUGAUCGUGGAUUAAAUAAUUCUGAAUAUGUACAUAUUAAUAUGGAAGAUACAAGUAAAGCUUUCAAUUCACAUUACGUUGAUUCUAAUGACAAUCCAAUACCUUUUUAUAAUGAUGUAGAUAAAAAUAAUGAUGGUAGAGAUAUGGAUGCAUUUGAAAUGGCUAAAAGAAUGUUUAUUUUUGAUACAGCAAAAUAUUAUAAUACUAACAAAAGUUUUGAUAAAGAAGUUAUAAAAAGAGUAAAUGAUUGGCCUUUUUAUUGUAAUGUUUGUAAUAUUAAUGAUAGCACAAUUUUAAAUAGAUAUGCAAGAUAUUUAGGUGAUUCUGUAUAUAUUUGGGCUACAUUAUUAAAUAAAACAUUAGAUGAAUUUUCAGAGAAAACAUUUGAAAAUCCAACUUUAUUUAGAAAACAAUGUUUAUUAAGUAAAGAAGGAUAUACAGGAAUAAUUAAUUUUGAUUCAAAUUGUAUACGAUUACCAACUAUUCAAGUUACAGGAUUAGAUAAAUUUGGUAAACAAAUAGUAUGGUUUAAUUAUUCUUAUACUUCAUUAACAUCGUUUAAGAAAGAAAGUAGUGUAUCUUUAAAUAAUUUUCCAAAAACAAUUUUUGAAAAUUGGAAUAAUAGUAUACCAUUAACUGAACCAAUUUGUGGUUAUUUACAUAAUCGUUGUCAAAAAAAUUUUUUUAAAUUUUAUUUUAAAGAAGUUAUUAUUGUUGGAGUUAUUAUACUUAUUCUUAUUUUAUUUAUUAUCAUAGGAUUAAUAUGGUAUAUAUGUAAAGUAAAAGUAAGAAAAGGAGAAGAAUUAAAUAAAUGGAAAAUUUCUUUAUCUAAUUUAAUUAGUGACGUUACAAAUAAUGAUGCUACAGAAAGUAUACAUUCUUCAGUUUCAGAAAUAACAACAAAUACAUUUAAAUUUAAUUUACAAAAAAAAAAUAAUACAGAAAAUUAUUCAUUUUAUUUAUAUAAUGAUGAAGAAGUUGUUGGAAGAAAGUAUAAAAAUAUCUUCAAUUAUACUAAUAAUGAUUGUCUUCAAUUAAAUAAAAUCAUAUCCAUUAAUCAUGAAAAUUUAAAUAAAUUUUUUGGAAUAUGUAUUGAUGGAACAUUACCUAUAUCUGUAUGGAAAUAUUGUAAAAGAGGUUCAUUACAUGAAAUUCUUCAAACAGAUAUACCAAAUUUUGAUUCAUAUUUUAUGAUGUCAUUAACAAAAGAUAUUUACAAUGGAUUGUCAUAUAUACAUUCAAGUUUUAUUAAUUUUCAUGGAACAUUAAAUUCUAAAAUUUGUUUUGUUAGUGAUAGAUGGCAGGUCAAGAUAAGUAAUUUUUCUACAAAACAAUUAUCUGCUUAUGAUAAAACAAAUAUAGAAAAUUUAUUAUGGCGAGCACCAGAACAUUUAACACAUGAUUUUUCUAUUGGAAGUAAAGAAGGAGAUAUUUACAGUUUUGGAAUAAUAUUAUCAGAAAUUAUAUCAAAAGGAAAUUUUUGGAAUCUUAGUUCAAGACAAGAAAGUGUUGAAGAAUUGAUAUAUCUUUUAAAAAGAGGAAAUUCUAAUGAUUUACGACCAGAAAUAAUUGUAGCUCCAAAUGUUGAAGUUAAUCCAUCUUUUAUAACAUUAAUUAAAGAUUGUUGGAAUUAUGAUGAUAAAAAAAGGCCAAAUAUAAAACAAAUAGAAAAAUUAUUAAAUGUUUUUACUAAAAAAAAUGCAAAAAAUUUAAUGGAUCAUGUUUUUAAAAUUUUAGAAAAAUAUUCAUUAACAUUACAAGAUGAAAUAAAUGAUAGAACUAAAGAAAUUGUUGAAGAACAAAAAAAAAGUGAUAUUUUACUUAAAAAAAUGCUUCCAGCGGAGAUUGUUGAAAAAUUAAAAUUAGGUAAAACUGUAGAACCAGAAAAUUAUGACAAUGUAACAGUAUUUUUUGCUGAUAUUGUUAAAUUUACAAUUCUUUCUUCUAAAUGUUCAGCUUUUCAAGUUGUAACUUUAGUAAAUGAUUUAUUUAUACUUUUUGAUAAUUUAAUUGAAUCACUUGAUAUUUAUAAAGUAGAAACAAUAGGUGAUGGAUAUUUAUGUGUCUCUGGACUUCCAACAAGAAAUGGUGAUAUGCAUGGUAAACAAAUAGCUGAGUUAUCUCUUGGAUUUAAUGAAAUAUGCCAUAAAUUUUCUAUUCCAUAUUUGCCAGGAGAAAAAAUUAUGGUACGAAUAGGUUGUAAUUCGGGUCCAUGUGUAGCUGGUGUAGUUGGUUUAGCAAUGCCAAGAUAUUGUUUAUUUGGAGAUACAGUUAAUACAGCUUCUAGAAUGGAAAGUAAUGGUAAACCUGAAAGAAUUCAUAUUACGGAAAGUUGUUCAAAACUUUUAAAUAAAAUUGGUGGAUAUGUAAUUGAACCUAGAGGAGAAGUUAUAAUAAAAGGAAAAGGGGUAAUGAAUACUUUUUGGUUAAAUGGAAGAAUUGGAGAAAAUAAUAAUCACAUGAUUAAAAAUGAUGAAGUUAAAUUUGAGCCAAUUUUAAAUUUAGAUGAAAAAAAAACAAACACAAACAUGGGUAUGUACAGAGAAUUUGGUAAAAAUAAUAAUUAG